AUGAACGCAGUUGAAAAAACAGACAAUAGAGAGCUGGCGGAGAUAUCGAUCGUUCUUCCGCCCUUUUCCCCUCCCCCUCCUCCUCCUCCUCCUCAACCACAGCAGCAGCAGCAGCCGCUUACGGCCACUGUUGUUGAAAGCCCCGCUGCGGCUGUCGCCAACACCACCUCUCCUGCUCCAGUUCAAACUUCCAUCACUGGAAAUCUGAUCUCAAUUCCAAUGCAUCUGGCCACCUCUCGAAUGGUUUGUCUUCGCGCUCCUGCUCACUUCGCUGUUGAAUAUUCCAGGAAAACCCACUUAGCUAAUGCGUCACAUGUCAUGAUUGAGCAUAUUCCUGAGAUACCCACAAAAGAUAUUAGAUCUCAGACAAUUUAUCCCAUAACAUCGUCUCCAGAGCCAGCGGCAGCAAGCACUGGACAUCCUAUCUUCAUUUCCACCUCCCCAAACCCGACAAUCACUCCUACCAAUGCGUCCUCGAAUGGAUCAGCGUUUGUGGCAUCAGAUGAGGAUAAAAUAUCCCUCGAUGGAAAACGCAAAAGGCCAGCUCCUAGUAUAGCAUCAACACGACAAAACAGUAAGUAA